AUGGACGUACAACAAGACACUCCGUACGAUUAUAACUCAGUUACACACUAUGGUGCAUGGGCUUUUAAUUCUGACGAUUGUGAUGGUUCACGUUGUGGCUGUUUCAAAGGACAUUGUUGGGCUUAUGCAGAUGCUGGUUACACAAAACAAGGUGACUGGUGGUGUUAUACUCAAAAGGCAGGGACUGUAGGUAAACAAGAAAAUUGGCAAACAUGUUCUCAGAAUAAUGAAUGUUCUUGGUAUCGAUCAUGUGGUAGCUGUCGACAAUAUAGAAGAGAGGAAGCAGUGCAUCAAGAUGCUUGUGAUUCACCUGUAGGAAGACCUUUAACUGAUGAUUGCAAUGGUUCACGUUGUGGUUGUUACAAAGGACGCUGUUGGGCUUAUGCAGAUGCUGGUUACACAAAGCAAGGCGACUGGUGGUGUUAUACUCAAAAGGCAGGAACUGUAGGUAAACAAGAAAACUGGCAAACGUGUUCUCAAGAUAAUGCAUGUUCCUGGGCUCGAUCAUGUGGUAACUGUCGACAAUAUAGAGGUGCGGAGGCAGUGCAUCAAGAUACUUGUUAA